AUGGCUUCUUCAUCUUCCUCUUCUACUAAGAAAGAAGAAAUGGAGGAGAGUCUACGCAAGAUGGAUAUUAAUGCAGCGGAGAAGCACAUGAAAGAUUGGUUCGGUGACCAUGCAUCAUGGAGUCACGAACAGCUUCUCAAUCUCAUCUACGAGGAGGACCUUAUAACGUUACGACAUGUGCAGUCAUUUGGCGAUUACGUUUCUGGUGGUCUUCGACCCAGCGGUGGCCGUCCUUCUUUUCCACUCAUGACGCAUGAAGAGUGGGGCCUUCUGAAUGCCUCAUACAGCCAGUGGGCUCCAGCACCCUACAAUAACCGGCACUACAGUUGUAUGGAUCGGAUUGCCCCAUUAAUCAUGAGACAAGAGAUCAAGGAACUCAAAGCCCCGCCACAUAUCGGCUUUCUUGCCCGUCUACGUCCUCUGAAAGCAAAGCUCUUGCUUGGUAUGGUGCCAAUCAGUGGAGACCGCUGGCUAGAGCGUAAGAUGGACGACCCUGCGAACUAUAGGAACCUUUUCGAAUUGAUCAAGGACGUCAAUUACAUAUUCGAAUGGUUCAAUCAUGAUGAGGUUCAAAACCGGACAAGGAGCGCUUUCAAUUGGAUGGUUGACAAAUAUGUCGAAUUUGAGCAGGCAGCUAACCUUCGGCGCGAAAAGAACGGCAUUGGAGAGAAACUUAACCUGGCCGGUAUGUGGGCAGAAUACUGGAACGACUUGACAACCAACAUGUCAGAACGGACGCAUCGAUGGAUUGUAGGUCGCGUGGAUGAGGUCCAAGCACGCGCUUUUGCGCAAUAUCAGAAAGCUCUCAAGGAUGCUGGAACCGACGAAGCAGCUGUUUGUGAAGCAGGCAAGAAGUAUUACGAGUGUGUUCAAGAUCUCAGAGGCAUGCUCACCAGGCUGGACUACACCAUCGGCAUCCCCAUGACUGGCUUCAAGGGAUACACAGCCUCCAACGCCUUCAAGGAUCUUCCAGUAACACAGAGACAUGAUACCUGGAGAAAGAUGAUGGCGGCAAAGUCUUUCAAACAUCAGAUAGCUAUCCUUGAAGCGCAAGACAUAGCCGAUGCUGAGCGAGCUUCCAAACAACCGACAAUGGAGGAACUACUCGAUCCAAUUCAGCAACUCACGAAGCCAGCUCAUCCACGAUUUCGCGACACCGAAAAUCUCAUUGGCCACUACGAAGAAGGCAAGAGAAACCGCGACGAGAUUCGAUUAGUCCUCUGUGGUCCAUCGAAACAGCCCACUCAGGAACAUUGGAUAACAAUCCUACGUGAGCGCAUGGAGUUUUACGCAAAGAAUCCACGAGAUGUAACUCGAAACCCGGAUGCGUGGGGUUUUGUUUGCUACCGCCUAACUUACGAUCAAACCGAUGAGCAAUGGGCGACCUUUGAGAAAAAGUUCCUUCAAGACGUCUCACGAUCUGGAAACUGGAUCGAAGGAUUCGACAGCAUCAACAGGAAGCAUAAAAUCAUGGUCAUCGAUGGGCGAGAAUUUGGACUCGCGGAAGGUGAUGUGGCGGCUGCCAAACGACACUUCAAGAAGACCUUCACCAUGCUGCCGACGCUCGGGCGUAUGUGGACUCAAGACUUCCUUGUCAUCGAUAAGCAAGCAUAUGCCUCAUAUGCUGAGUCGCCCAAGGAGGAAGUUCGGCCUCCGCCUCCGUAUGGUCCUGGAUUUGGUUGCAAUGGUGGGCAUGUGCGUCUUGUAGAUGGGACGUUUGAUCAGCUCUCGCGGGAACUGAUCGAUACCUUAGCGCCUGGUUUUAAGGGCGAGAUGAAGGUGUUGUCGAGUCUACUUCUGGAAGAGCUGUAUCCACUUCUAGCGACGUUGAGCGUUCGACCUUACGGCUUGUGGCCAUGCGCUCGAUUGCAUCCAAGAGAGGUGUAUGUAGGGACAACGGACGCUGCCCAAGAGGGAUGGUGGGAAUUUGGCCGCAUCGAUCAGGCUAUGAUGCAGGGAUUUUUUGAAAGCUGCGGCUUCUCUCCAACCCACAUGGUGUUCACGAAAAGAAAGAGGUCUGCGGAAGACAAGUACAUCGACUUGGGAUUCGGAUUAUGUUACCGAAGACGACAACAAGACCUGCAAGAUGGCGAACACAAUUACGAAGAUGACGACUACGACGGCGAACAACCACCGCAUAAACGCCGAAUACCAAACUCGUUCUACGGUUCACAGUCGGCACGUCUCGGUAUCAUCCCCGCAGCCACGUUAGCCACUCUUCAUGGCCUCAAAAAAAUCGGGAGGGAUAGCAUGGGUGUAGGCAUGAAAGUCUUCAAGGCGCCUUACGCAGCAUUGAGUUUGGAAAGGUGUUUGGAUGUGGAGAGGUUAUGGAUGCGGAGGCCUUUUGGUUGGAGGGAAGAGGCUGAGGGAGAUGCGGGAAAGCCGGUCCCGCUUAACGUACCGGAUUAUGAAGAUCUGCAAGAUUGGGAGUUGGAUAGAUUGGAGGAAGACAUCAAGUCGCUGGACAGAAUUUUGGAGAGCCUGAAAGAUACCGCUGGCGUUGUUCGUGCUACGUCGAGCCGUGACAACAGCAAUAGCAAGCUCUCCAAAGACCCAAAGCGAUUGGCAGUCAGAAACGAGGAGUUGAAAGCCGUACAGCAACAAGAAGUAGAACGACAAUACCUCGCUCUCGUGGCGCAGGCACAACGGCAAGCACGUGCCGAGAACACGCAGUUUCCUGAAGGCUUGCGAGGCUGGGAUCAAGUUGGAUUAGACGAACAGGAACUUAUUCGAUGGGCAAUUUAUGCCAAUCAGGUCCAUGAUAUAUCAGAGCAGGCAAGAAGGAAGAUCCUGACUGAUAGACCUACUAUAUCUGCACUCUCCCCGCAGGACAGUAUAGCCAUCCCUAACGGUGCCUCUACGACUGAUGAUAUCUCAAAUAGGAAGAAGUGCCGUGCCGUUUCCGAAACUAACCUUCGGCCUCGGCCCAUCACCGAAUCACAGCGGGCUGGUAGGUCAUUGGAGCGGCAGGCGCAAGACGAACACUACGCUCAUUUGAAGCGGAAGUUUGAAGAUCCGAAGUGGGUAGAAAUGGUCUAUAACGUUGAAGUAACGAGCCCUGCUUGGCUGUGUCAUCUGUGUGUAUAUGAGCUGAAAGGCUGUCGAAUUCCGAACGACUGUAAUUCUGGAAUGCAUCAGAAAAGACGUCCUCUUCAAGAACAAUUCUACUACACUUAUCAGUCGACAGCCCCUAGAGUCAUGGUGCGCAAGACUAAAGAAAGCGUGCCAGUUGCAGAGCAUCAUGGCGGUGGUCACAUCACAGUGACAGCACAGCAAUCACGCUAUGCGCUCGACGCUGUCGACGCGCCAGCAUCAAAAGAGAUACUCAUCAAAGACCUAUCUAUCACAGUCGCAAACCGCGAACUGCUUUCACGCACAACACUCCAUUUGGUAGAAGCACGACAUUAUGUGAUGGUCGGUCGAAACGGGACUGGCAAGUCAACGAUCCUCAAGGCUAUUGCUGAUGGUCUCGUUCCCGGAAUUCCGUGGAGUACGAGAAUUCUGCUGUUGGGCCAGACUAGGGAGGAUAGUAUUGAAGAUGGUAUAGAUGCGCUGGGUCUGGAAAGCGAGACGGUCCUACAACAUGUCGUUCGGAGUGACCGGGUUCGAGAGCGGUAUGUGCGAGAAGCUAAGAUGCUUGGUGAAGCAAUUGAAAAAUCGAUUGAUUCCAUGGCACCAGUUCGGGCGUACAGGCGCAUUAGUCACGAGAGAUUGGCCUUGCAACUAAAAGAAGGCCACCGCAUCGCGGAGAGGAGAAGUGGCGCACGGGGUAAGCUAGCGAGGAAAGAGUUGAUCAAGCUUGAGGAACGCUGCGAGGAAUCCGAGAAAAGUUUGCAAGAGACGGAGAUCGAUGCUACGCAGCUCAGCGAAGAGAUGCAAGCGGCCGCAGAUCUGCUCGCUGGUGUGCAGGCUUCCCUCGAACUCAUGGAUGCGAACGAGGCUGAAGCAAAAGCACGAGCGGUCUUGCUGGGCCUUGGCUUCAAGCAAGAUCGUAUCGACAAGCCCGUGUCGGAGCUCUCGGGAGGAUGGAAGACGAGAUGCGAACUAGCAUGCGCCCUCACUCAAUACGCCGACGUACUGCUACUGGAUGAGCCUACCAACUUCUUGGAUCUGCCAUCUAUCAUCUGGCUACAGGAUUAUAUUCGGAACCUGAAAGGCACGACUGUCCUCAUAACGACUCAUGACCGCGACUUUGGAGACGCCGUAGCUGAGGAGCUUCUUGUGCUGCGUAACCAGACUCUGGAGACUUUUCGUGGUAAUCUCAGUCUGUACGAGCGCGAGAGGUGGAAGAAAGCCAGGUACAUGACGAAGAUGAAGGAAGCGCAGGACAAGCAGAAGAAGCACAUUGAGAAAACCAUCGCCGGCAACAUCAAGGCAGCCAAAGACAAGGGAGACGAUAAGAAGUUGAAGCAGGCUGCAUCGAGAAAGAAGAAGCUGGACGAUAGAAUGGGGCUGCAGGUUGGUCUCAAAGGUGGUCGCUUCAAGCUGAACCGGGAUCUCGGAGGCUACCAUUUGUCCCGCCGGGCGGAGAUUGAGAUACCUGAUUUUGAUCCACCAGUCCAACUCUCGUUUCCGCACCAGCCACCCGAAUUGAAGUUUCCUGGCGCGUUAGUAAGCCUGGAGAAGGUGUCAUUUGCGUAUCCUGGAAGAAAGAAAUUGCCCGUCUUGACAGACGUCAAUUUGACCAUACACCCGGGUGCAAGAAUAGGAUUGGCGGGCCUUAAUGGCUCAGGCAAGACGACGCUGGCUUCACUGAUAAUGGGCGGUGAUGAGGGCGGCCUUCUCCCCACUUCAGGCACAAUCACGCGACAUGCGAGAGUGAAGAUGGGUUGCUUCUCUCAGCAAUCUGUCGAAGAAAUCACGGCCAUGGCGUCUUCCAACCCUCAUAUUACGGCUCUUCGGCACUUGAUGGACUGUGUUGGUGAUGGGGCACAGGAGAAAGAUGCGCGGGCAGUUUUAAGCGGAUUGGGGCUCCAUGGUCAGACGGUGUCGGACGUUCCGCUCGUACUCCUCUCGGGAGGGCAGAAGGUCAGGGUGGCUCUUGCCAAGCUUCUAUGGCCGCCGCCGCAGCUUCUUAUUCUGGACGAGGUGACGACCCAUCUGGAUGCAGACACCAUCCUGGGUCUCGUGAUGGCAUUGAGGGAGUACGAGGGCGCACUGCUGGUAGUGACGCACGACAGAUUCUUCAUGAGAACCGUGGUGGAAGGGCAGUCGCCGUACAAGCUAGCGCCAGGGGUUCACGCGGCGUCCGAGGGCGAGGCUGACGAAAGCAGCGAGUCGGAGGACGAAGAGGCAGGACUAGCUCCGGGGAGCGUUUUUCGGCUGACUAGCAAAGGGCAGGUCAGGAAGCUUGACCUGGGCAUGGAUGAGUAUGAGGACAUUGCGGCGCGGACAGCGGCAAAGCUGGCUCGAGCAAGGCGUCUGGGACGUCACCUCGACCUGUACAUCAGACCCAAAAACCCAAAGGCGCCCGACGGCGUCCAUAAUGUCGACGAGAUCCGGAAGCUGCGAGGCGGCAUCACCAGGCGACAGGCCAAGGGCAGCGUAUCAACGCCGCGCCGCGAUGACAGCGGCACGAGUACGCCUGCAAACAAGAAGCGGAUAGCGAGCGAAGACUCUGUCCUUGUCGGCAGCCCCGACGACGACGAUGAGCCGCUAGAGAUUGGCAAGACGAGGGGGCAGUUCAAGGAUGUGAGCUGGGGAAGCAGCAACCGGCCUUCGAGGCUAAACACAAAAACACCAGACCCUCGCCGUGAUGCAUCGCGCCAGACGCGCAAGGCCGACCUCGACCAGAGGCAGAAGACCAACGAGGAAAAUGAAAUUGCGAGCGCCACCGAGAUGGCGCUGCGGGAGCUGUUGAAGAGCGUGCGAGACGCCAAUGCCAAAGCAUCUGGCUCCGGCCUCUUUGACUUCGACCCUUACACACAAAACUUCCCCUCACUGUGCCUCCAAAUCCUCCCCGCGCCCUCGACCCUCUUCUCACCCACGCCCUUUCCCACGUCCGAGUCAUGGUCCAUCACCCCGCCAGGACAGAAGCAGUUCGAAGCGCUGAACAAGCAGGUCCGCGAGCGUCUGCUUGCCUACCAACGCCAGCGUCAGAUCAACCAGGUCUACCCGUCAGGCUCGCACUCGUCCGCUCCUUCCACCAACACCUCACCCCUACCCACACCACCGCUCUUUGACCACGACCCACAACGUCUCUUUGGCCACAUUGCAGACGCCUACCAUCACUGGACACAACAGUCAGACAAGACGAGGCAGGAGUACUGGCAGAUUGAGAUACUGCGCUGCUAUGCCCGUGCUGACGACAGGCGGCGGGAAGCUGAGGUGCAGCUGGGAAACGCACGUCGGGAGAUUGAAUACUUGAAAGCCAACCGCUGGACUUCGGGAGCUCCCGAUGUAUCGCCCAUCAGUAUCAACCUUGGCAUCGACACUGCCAGAGAGCUUGCCAAGCACGGUAUGGACUACCGCAACUGGGACUACGACCGCCUCAUCGACAAGUGGCGGACCGCUAUACGCGAGAACAGGGCUUCAGUUUCUGGUAUGAGUGCUCAGAAGCCACUCCCCAGCGGCACGAGUUCUAGGAGCUGCUCCAUGGCUAGUCUCCCACCAACGCAGUUUGCUACCGUGAACCAGCCUAGGCAAGGCAGCCCAAUCAAGGUCGAGACCAACAUGCCCUUCAGUGCACCACCCACCGUAUGUGGUGAUGGAGACAACGACCAAGUUGAUGCAGAGGGCGAUGACGACGACGACGAUAUCGACCUAACUCCUCAGACUAUCGAGGAGGACGAAUCGAUGCACCAGAUGCAGCAUCAAGCCCAACAGCAGGCCUUGCAUCAUCCCCAGCCCCAACAUCACCAUGGAGCUCCCCUCCAACCGACGCCACCGCAUCCCUCACAGCAGUUUCAACCACACAUGCAGACCACCCACAUCAGCCAGGCUCAGAUUGCGCAGGCGCAGGCUCAAGCCCAAGCAUGGGCAGCCGCGCGUCAGCACAUGAACCAGUCACGCAAUCAAGACUUCCGCCCACAUCAGCAGCAUCAGCUCUCGCCUCAUCUACAGCACGUCGGCUCAGCUGAUAGCAGCCGACGAGAAUCGCUCGCCAUGAUGGAUCCACACGGCAUGAACCAGAACAACAUGAACGCCAUGGGCAGCUCCAUGAUGUCAGGGGGCAUGGACAGUCUCGACAGCCGUCAAGACCAGUUUCUUCACAUGGAUAUGGGCAUGUCGACGGGCUUUGUCGGCUCCAACGAUCCCAGCGUCACAAUGGGUUAA